AGAUGGACGAUCAGAGCAGGAGUUGCCGAUGCCUUUGGGAAGAAGCUCUGGCUCUUCCAAGGUUCUCCCUGCUGUAGAAAUCCCAGUCAGUACUUUAUUAGGGGUAAAAGAAUAUCCUUUGGGAUAUUUUUUGACUUUCCCAAAGAAAUAUUUCUCAAAAUUCUUGGGCCCAGGAGUACUGUGAAUUAUCUCCUCGUGUGUUACCAAACCGUUCCCUUCCUCUUGCCGAAAAAGCAGACGAGUGCGCGUAAAGCCGGUAUGUAGCCGAAUGUCCUAUACAUUGUGUCGGCGUCACUGCUUUUGGGUAGCUCCUGGCCUUUUUUACUGCUUUCCUGUGAGAUCUGGUGUGUGAAGGAAACAAGACUCUUCCUGGCUUGCUUACGGGAUGAAGCGAAUUCCCGUUUGCGGCAGUUGUCGCCGUUAGCGCGUGUGCCAGGCGGAGCGGAGCCGGCGCUUCGGGUCACAACUCUGGGAACUCUGCGCGGCUCCUGCUCUGACACAACUUGCUAGAAGCGAGUGGUGCCUAAGCGAGAGCUUUUUCAUGGUGAAAGGUGCAGCCCUUUUCUUACAACAAGGAAACAGCUCCCAGGGCCAGCGAAGUCUCCAGCAUCCUCACAAACAUGCAGGUGAUUUGCCCCAGCACCUCCAGGUGAUGAUCAACCUCCUUCGCUGUGAGGAUAGGAUCAAACUAGCUGUCCGUUUGGAAAGCGUGUGGACAGACCGAGUCCGGUACAUGGUGGUUGUAUACAGCAGUGGACGACAGGACACAGAGGAGAAUAUUCUGCUGGGCGUGGAUUUUUCCAGCAAGGAGAGUAAAAGCUGCACUAUAGGAAUGGUUCUUCGUCUGUGGAGUGAUACUAAAAUCCAUCUCGACGGUGAUGGUGGCUUCAGUGUGAGCACUGCAGGGAGAAUGCACAUCUUCAAGCCAGUGUCGGUGCAAGCCAUGUGGUCUGCCUUACAGAUCCUCCAUAAAGCCUGUGAAGUUGCAAGGAGGUACAACUACUUCCCGGGGGGGAUGGCCUUGGUGUGGGCCACGUACUACGAAAGCUGCAUCAGCUCCGACCAGAGCUGCAUCAACGAGUGGAACGCGAUGCAGGACCUGGAGUCCACCCGCCCCGACUCUCCAGCUCUAUUUGUUGACAAGCCAACCGAAAGAGAACGAACAGAACGGCUCAUUAAAGCCAAACUCCGGAGCAUCAUGAUGAGCAAAGACCUGGAAAAUGUGACUUCUAAGGAGAUACGAAACGAGCUGGAGAAACACAUGAAUUGCAACUUGAAGGAAUUCAAGGAAUUUAUAGACAACGAAAUGCUGCUUAUCCUGGGUCAGAUGGACAAACCAUCUCUGAUUUUUGAUCAUUUAUAUCUGGGCUCGGAGUGGAACGCCUCCAACCUGGAGGAGCUGCAGGGCUCGGGCAUUGAUUACAUUUUGAACGUGACCAGGGAAAUUGAUAAUUUUUUCCCCGGUUUGUUUGCGUAUCACAACAUCCGCGUGUACGACGAGGAGACGACAGACCUCCUGGCUCACUGGAACGAGGCCUACCACUUCAUCAACAAGGCCAAGAAGAAUCACUCCAAGUGCCUGGUGCACUGCAAAAUGGGCGUGAGCCGCUCGGCAUCUACCGUCAUAGCUUACGCCAUGAAGGAGUUCGGCUGGUCGCUGGAAAAGGCUUAUAAUUAUGUGAAGCAAAAACGCAGCAUCGCAAGGCCAAACGCAGGCUUCAUGAGACAGCUUUUGGAGUAUGAAGGCAUUUUAGAUGCGAGCAAGCAGCGCCACAAUAAGCUGUGGAAGCAGCAGGCAGAGAGCAACCUCCCCCAGAACACAGACGGCACCCCGGGGUCGGGCGACUUCUUGCUCGAGAGCUUGGACAUCGACCUAGAAAACCGCCUGGCUGACCUGGACACGCCUUCACAGUCGGCGUUCCUGGACAACCGUGCCGGCACGGAAGUGUCCGUGGGGUUUAAUUACUGCUUCCGGCGCCUCUCGGACACGCUGCUGGAGAACAAGAUUCCCGGGGACAGGGGAGGGUUUUUCCACGUGGAGGAGCUGGAGCGGGAAGCGCUCGCGGAGCAGCGCGCUGCCUCGCUGGCGGGACAACCUCCAUCAGCAGCUUCGGAGACGGGGAAAGCGCUGGAGACAGCAGAGCUGAGCAGCUUCACCGAGAAGGAGGUGAAGAAGAAACUGGAUUUCAGCCCCCGGAAGGGAAGGAUGGUGCUGGGCCCCGGGGGGCCAGGGGAGGAUGGCGUCAGGGAGGAAAAUCCGAUGGAGAAGUGGAAGCGGCGUCUGUCCACGCACAAGGAGGAGAGCAGGCUUAAUAGGGAGAACUUGAAUAACAACAACAGCAAAAGGAGUUGCCCGGAGGAUUUUGAGCACGAUGCCGUGUUUGGGAUCCUCAGUAAGGUCAAGCCUUCCUAUCAGUCUUGUGCUGACUGUAUGUAUUCCUCGGGCAGUUUGUCCCCCGACUCCUUCGGGGAGCAAUGUGAGAAGCUGAACGCCAGCACCACGCGUCGCAGCACCACCAUCUGCACGCAGCCAGCCCUCCUCUCCCACAUCAACUCCAACUUGGCCGACCACCUGCCCAGCAAGACACGCUCCGAGGAAGCAAUCAGAACUAAAAAUAACGAGGCUGCGCUUCCUCUGUCGGCAGGAACUGGUAUGCUGGAGCCUGGCACUUGCAAAUCACUCGAUCAACCCUGCGAUGUUUUGGAGAAAGGAAAAGAUGCACCAAGAACCCCGGUCAGAACUCUGCUGCCCAGGAGAAACUCGCACUGUGACAGAAGCCUCCUUAAUGCAGAAGUGGUAAAAGAAGAGGCUCUAGCCAGAAAAGACAGCAAACCCAGCAAGGAGCUCAAGUACUUGUUCAGCAAAGACUUGGAAAAGCCAAGUGCAAACAGUUACUUGAUGCAGCACCAGGAGUCUCUCAUUCAGCUGCAGAAGGCGGGCCUGGUGAGGAAGCACACCAAAGAGCUGGAGCGGCUGAAGAACCUGCCCUCGGCCGCCGCCUCGCUGCUCAGAGACAGCCCCCUGAGCAGGGUCGACUCCAGCAUCGCAGAGGAAAACGAGGAUCUGGUUCCACCUCACGGCCUCGUGCCCCUGCUGGGAGCGGCACCGCUGAUCCCCGGAGACUCAGAAAACGACGUGGAGAAGUUAGAGGUGAAACGCGUCUUGGAGGGGAUCUCUCAGAAAACCUCCACGCCUGUCGCCUGUCGGUUGGAGCACACGAGCAGUUUCACCAAGGACUUCCUGAAGACCAUCUGCUACACCCCCUCCUCCUCCCGGAGCUCCAACCUGACGCGCAGCUCCAGCAGCGACAGCAUCCACAGCGUGCGGGGCAAACCCGGCCUGGUGAAGCAGCGGACUCAGGAGAUCGAGACCAGGCUGCGGCUGGCCGGCUUGACUGUGUCCUCUCCUCUGAAAAGGUCCAACUCCCUCGCCAAGCUCGGAUGUCUGAACUUGUCCUCCGAGGACUUAUCGAGUGACAUGGAUGUGUCAACCGUGACGGACUCAAAAGAGGCCGUUUCAAGCGAGUCUUCUGUGCUCUGUGAGCCACAGGCCGCGCUGAGGAGCGCAGAGGUCGCCGCCAAGCUGGCAGCGAAGCCGGCGGUCGGGAACUUGAAGAACACGCUUUGGAUGGGCAAAAGUUGAUGCCUUCUGCGGGGGGAGCAGGGGGGGUGGAUUUGGGUAUUUUUUUUAUGGCGUUUAUUCAUUGCACCGAUGCAGUUUUAUCAUCUGACUUGCAGUGGUUGAUCUGAUGCCCCCUCUUCUUCCCCUCCUUGUAGUCGAAGUGGGGAGGAAAAAAAAAAACAAACAAAAACCACAACAUAAUGGGUCAUGAUGAAUGGCACAAGGGAAAAUAAAAUGUAUUGCAUGGCUUAGAAGAGGACUUUGUGAGUUGCCUGUUGUCCUGCAGGAUGCUAUUUCUAGUGCUGUUUGCCAAGUAUAAGAAUGUGGUUUUGUGUGUGUGUAUAUAUAGAUAGAUAUUUGUAUCUAUUUAUCUAUCUAUAUAUAUAAAAUGCUGAAAUAUCCUGUUUCAAAGACUCGACGAAAUAAUUAGUCAUGACUUUUUUUUUUUUUUUUUACGGAACGCAAGUCUCGAGUUUAAAACAGGGCACUUGUGGAAAAAUCCUUAAAAUGGUGACAUGAACACUACCUCUGUUCUUGCCGACUUUAGUCUUGGUUUGUUGUUUGUGUUUGGUUUUUUCUUUUUAAAAAAGGCUUUUCCCACAGUACUUACCGUUGUUUGAAGGUUUUCCCUUAGCUGUAAAGGCCGGGAGGAGCGUGGAGCCGGAGGCUUUUGCGGCGCCGCGUGACCUGGCUGUGAUGUGAAGGAGUGUCGAGUUGUGUGGGUGUGGGCUGUGACCUGCUGGCCUUGGUCCCUAUUCGCUGCGUGACCGGGUGACUCGUCACAGCCUCCCCUUGGGGCCGGGGUGACCCCCAGACUGUGUCGUUGUUGCGGGCUUACGCUCACGUGGAGAGGUGUCGUGUUCUUUGGGUGUUUUUGCUGUCGUGUAUUGUCAUGUCGCGAUGACUCGUGACGAGCCUGGCCAGUAAGUGCCCGUGGAGGCUAGUGAAGCUUUGUGUGAUGCUGUGUCGGUGUUGUGGAUCCUCGUGGGGACCCUUCUUUGCCGGGGUGGUGGUGACCAGCGGGAGGGCCGGCGCUCCCGGUGUCCCCCGCCUUUGAAAUCCCAGCAGGCGAUAGGGGAACGUGUCUCUUUUCUGAUCGUUGCUGUUGGUUUGGCAGAACAAUUCCUGGCGCCUUGGUGUGCCGGCGGCCUGUGGACGCAAUCCGGGGCAAGGGCUUAUUGGUGCUGGGUGGCCCCAGCGCAGGUGUCCCGUGUCCCAGCUCUUGUGGGGCUGCACCCACCUCCUGCCCGGGGUGGCGAAGCGUAAAUCCUGACACACCCACCCCCCCUUUGGGGAAGGCAAACAGAAAUAUGGGCGCUCCCCAAAGAGCGCCAGCUCUCCUGUGGGAGGAAGGCUGGCGGGAGCAUGGGGAGCGCGGACGCUGGUUUUUGGGGACCGCUCUCAGACCAGUGUUCCCGUGUGCUGCUCCUGGUGCCGUGGGGGACGCUGGAAACGCAGCAGCUGGCGGGUGCUCCGUGGACUGAACGUUUUUUUGGUAUUUGGGGCAGGAGCGCCCUGUGCAGGGUGCACUGGCCGCGGCGGGAGGGAGGAGCUGGAGGUGUGCGUAGGGGAUGUGCUCCGAGUCCCGCCGCGCUCCCCGCUGGCUGCUUGUGCCUUCGGGGGGAGGCUUUGGGGUCAGAACAGAUCUCAGGGGUCAGCAGUGGCAAACGGGUGGAUUUGCUCCUAUAACAACCAGGCUGGGAGCGUGAGCUCGCUCCUGUUUUAGAAUUCCCAUCAAAAGCCAUUCUAGAAAAUCCCCUCUUUGAGGCGGGGCAGAGAGCAGUCGUUCUGAGUCUGUACUGAUCAAAAAUCCACUGUCUUGAGAAAGGGAGCCAUGUGUUCUACUGGCCUAAAUGCCCAGAGUUGACCUUUUUUUUUUUUUUCCUUAAGCUAAGACCCCACAUUUUUAUAUUAAACCUGAGGAAUUGUAGGGACUGGCAAUCAGUAAAUAAACGUCCCUCCUUAAAGAGUCUUAAAUUCGACGUACGUUAUUACUUAAGGCACAACUUCCCGUUUCACCCCUGAAAGCUGGUUUGAAGCAAAAGCUGCUGUGGUGAGGAAACCCUGAAAAACCUGCGCAAGCUUUUUUGCUUUUUCGGGCUGAGAAAACAUUGGGCCGUGUUCAGAGCCCAGUGAUGGGGCGGGUGGCCCUGGGGCCAGUUGGUGGCCCCGGGGCUGGGAGCAGCUGCCUGGGAGGGCCCGUGUGGCCCCGGCCCGUGGCUCACGAGGGCCACUCACACCCUUAUUUUUCUCCGCUCUACGUUACGCCGGCACCUUUCUCAGCGCCGCAGACGCUUCACGGGCAAGGGAAGAAGCGAGGGUCAGAUUUAAAUAAAUUCAGAAAAAUUCCGUUAACUGAUGUGAGCGAACAUAAUCUAUUUCCUUCCUGUUUUCUUGAGUGCCUGCCAAGCUCUGCCGCCAACAAACCGCUGCUUUCCCGGGGCCUGGCUCACCGUCCCCCUGCCCGGCGCUGGGACUCGGCUCUCGCUCCUGGGGCCGG